GGACUGUACAAUCAGCCUAUGACAGCGGCGCGACCUGCUUCAGGCUGGCCCAGAACCAACGGCAAGGUGCAGGGGCGGGUCUUGUUGGCUCCCCAGCCCCACAGCCCAAGUCUCCAGGGAGCUUCGGGCGAGCGAAGAAGCGCGAAGGCGGGGCAAGGGGCGGGGCUAGACGCCAGCCAGCACCUGCGCGUUGCGCAGCGCCCACGGGCCAGGGUGACGUAAUCUCCGCCCACGUUACCCCGCCCACGCCGCCCUCUGCGAACCGGGAGACAGAAACGCUGGCCGCCCGCGGUGGCCGCAGCUCGGGGGCGGUGCCUGCUUGGCCGCCGCAUUUUCUCGGCGCUCACGCAGCGCUUUGUCCGUCCGCACCCGGACCGCCGCGCUUUGUUCCCGGCACCCGUGCCUCGGCCUGCCGGGUACACGCUCGAGCCGUUCCGCCGCGCUGGCGUCCUCCUCGCCCCCUUCGCCGCCAGCCCCCGCGCGUGGUCGGGCCUUGCCCACCAUGGUCUCGCGGCCCGAGUCGGAGGGCGAGGCCAUGGACGCCGAGCUGGCGGUGGCGCCGCCGGGCUGCUCGCACCUCGGCAGCUUCAAGGUGGACAACUGGAAGCAGAACCUGCGAGCCAUUUACCAGUGCUUCGUGUGGAGCGGCACGACGGAGGCCCGCAAGCGCAAGGCCAAGUCCUGCGUCUGCCAUGUGUGUGGUGUUCACCUGAACCGGCUGCACUCUUGCCUCUAUUGUGUCUUUUUCGGCUGUUUCACAAAGAAGCAUAUCCAUGAACAUGCCAAGACAAAGCGGCACAACCUCGCCAUUGACCUUACGUAUGGAGGUAUUUAUUGCUUUUUGUGCCAGGACUACAUCUAUGACAAAGACAUGGAAAUAAUUGCCAAAGAGGAACAGCAGAAGGCUUCCAAGCUGCAAGGUGUUGGAGAGAAGUUUUCAACUUGGGAACCAACCAAACGAGAGCUGGAACUGCUGAAACACAACCCAAAAAGGAGGAAGAUAACUUCCAACUGUACCAUAGGUCUGCGAGGGCUUAUCAACCUUGGGAACACGUGCUUUAUGAACUGCAUUGUCCAGGCUCUGACCCACACACCACUCCUUCGGGACUUCUUCCUGUCCGAUAGGCACCACUGUGAGAUGCAGAGCCCUAGCUCCUGCCUGGUGUGUGAGAUGUCCUCGCUCUUUCAGGAGUUUUAUUCUGGACACCGGUCUCCACACAUCCCAUACAAGCUGCUGCACUUGGUGUGGACCCACGCACGCCACCUGGCAGGCUAUGAACAGCAGGAUGCGCAUGAGUUUCUCAUCGCGGCGCUAGACGUCCUGCACCGGCAUUGCAAAGGUGAUGACAAUGGGAAGAAGGCGAACAACCCUAAUCACUGCAACUGCAUCAUUGACCAGAUCUUCACAGGUGGGCUGCAGUCUGAUGUCACCUGCCAAGUCUGCCAUGGAGUCUCCACUACCAUAGACCCCUUCUGGGACAUCAGUUUAGACCUGCCUGGCUCCUCCACCCCGUUCUGGCCCUUAAGUCCAGGGAGCGAGGGCAGCGUGGUAAAUGGGGAAAGCCAUGCAUCGGGUACUACAACACUCACGGAUUGCCUGCGGAGAUUUACCAGACCAGAGCACUUAGGGAGCAGUGCCAAGAUCAAGUGCAGCGGUUGCCAUAGCUACCAGGAGUCCACCAAGCAGCUCACCAUGAAGAAGCUACCCAUAGUGGCCUGCUUUCACCUCAAACGGUUUGAGCACUCAGCUAAGCUGAGGCGGAAGAUCACCACAUACGUGUCUUUUCCCCUGGAACUGGACAUGACACCCUUCAUGGCCUCCAGCAAAGAGAGCAGGAUGAAUGGGCAGUACCAGCAGCCCACAGACAGUCUCAACAAUGACAACAAAUACUCCCUGUUUGCUGUUGUGAACCAUCAAGGGACCUUGGAGAGUGGUCACUACACCAGCUUUAUCCGGCAGCACAAAGACCAGUGGUUCAAAUGUGAUGACGCCAUCAUCACCAAGGCCAGCAUCAAGGAUGUGCUGGACAGUGAAGGAUAUCUGCUGUUCUACCACAAGCAGUUCCUGGAAUAUGAGUAGCCUCAUCUGCAGCAGCUU